AUGACUCCCAAUGCGAAACUCCUUCCGCCAUCCACCGGCCCACGCCUCAUCGUCUACCACCAGACUUUCCACGACUCAAACGGCACUUACCACUCGUUGCUUCCGCUGCUGACGAACAACACGGGCAUCACGCAUGUGAUUGUUGCGGCUAUCCACCUUAAUGAUGGGCCGGGGAAUAUUACGCUGAAUGAUCACAAGCCGGAUGAUAAGAGGUUUGAUCAGUUAUGGGGAGAGGUGAAUUGGUUACAAGGGAGUGGGGUCAAGGUGUUGGGUAUGCUGGGUGGAGCAGCGAAGGGGAGUUACGAGAAGUUGAGCGGAGACGAAGAGAGUGUAUGUCACCACCCCCAUCCCAUCAUCCCUAAGAAGCAUAAAGCUAAUAAAUCCCCCCAGUUCGAAGCACACUACACCCCCCUCGCCGCCCUAAUAACCGCCCGCUCCCUCUCCGGCCUGGACCUCGACAUCGAAGAAGCCAUCCCCCUCUCCACCACCACCCGCCUCAUCUCGCGCCUUCGAGCCGACUUCGGCCCCGAAUUCCUGAUUACCCUCGCCCCCGUAGCCACAGCCCUAAUCCCCGACCCCAAAAUCCCCGCACACCUCCGCCCACCCCGGCCCAUGCUCGCCAGCGGCCCCACCCCUAACCCUUUACACCCCACGCUGCGCCAUCUCUCCGGCUUCAGCUACCCGGAGCUCGAAUGCAGCGUCUGGGGGAAAGAAAUAGCGUGGUACAACACGCAAUUCUACUGCGGAUGGGGCGACGCGUUUACAACGGCGUGGUACGACACCAUCAUCGCCGCGGGCUGGAAACCAGAAAAGAUUGUCAUGGGCGUUGUAACGAAUGAGGCGAAUGGGGGUGGGUAUGUUGAUGUGGGACGGCUGGCGGUGGUUGCACAGCAGUUGCGGCAGAGUUAUUAUAAGGUGGGGAAGGGGUUUGGGGGGAUGAUGGGCUGGGAGUACUUCAAUGCGGGGGAUUGUGAUGAUGAUAUCGAAUAUGUGUCUGGUCUCGAACUCGGCAACGAGACUGUGCAGGCGGGGUGGGUUAAAGCGCUAGGACUUUCUCUACGAACGGAUGUCGACUUGGAUAAAACGCCUAUUUAUGACUUUGGUGGAGCGGCGAUGGGUGGGGUAGGUGGUGGAAGUGGAAGUGGAAGUGGUAGUGCAAGUGGAAGUGGACUUCAAAACAUCACGGCCGACCAGAUUCGCAACAUGGUUAGUAAUCUGCCUGCUGCGCGGGCGGCUUGGCCCGACGAAGAGGUACAGAAGUUGGUUGUGUUGGGGUUUAGCAGGCAGGAGGCGUUGGCGGCGCUGAAUGCGACGGAGGGGGAUACGGAGAUGGCGGCGGGGUUUUUGUUUGAGCAUUAUCCUUCGUAG